GCAUGCCGAGUCAUAAAUUUUUUGGAAGGAUAAAUUAUACAUGAUGACAAGAGAUGGAUUGCUCACCCAGCUUUGAAUUUUGGACGCCCUCCAUUGCUGAGUGCUCUCAUCCACCUGCUAUACAAGCUUCCCAUUCCUUAAAGAAUUAGUAACAGUCAAAAAUUCCUCGAUAAUUUUAUCUAGGUGCACCUCCUGCCCGUUCAAUCCAACGUCUCAAACCCACCUAAACCACGGAAAUUUGCAAGUACCAUCCCCAUUUUCUCGUCAAAGUUCUUUGAAGUUUGAGACCUGACUUCCGCCAGCGAACCGUCAACAAACUAACCAGUCCCGCACGCACCCAUUUCCAGCCGUGAAUAAUACACGCCAUUGUUGCCCUCCACAAAAGCUCGCUGACUCCACCCGUUUGGGUGGCCUCAGCUCGAGCACCAAAGAUGGCGGCAACAGCCAUCUCUUCUUCUCUCCUUUUCCUCAUUAUCGUAUCCUUCUAUUCUGAAGCGGCAUCCCAGACAACUGCUGACGGAGAAAAACAAAUUCUCCUCCGGAUCAAGGAGGACUGGGGAAAUCCCCCGGCUCUCAGCUCUUGGAACGACUCCACCUCCACCAACCACUGCAACUGGACCGGAAUCGGAUGCUCCGCCGAUGGCUCUAUCACCAAUAUCACACUCGUCAACCAAAACAUCAGCCAACCGAUCCCCGCCACCAUAUGCGACCUCAAAAGUCUCUCCAUUCUCGACCUCAGUUACAACUACAUCACCACCUCCUUUCCCAAGUCCCUCUACAACUGCUCCAACCUCCAGUACCUCGACAUCUCCCAGAACUACUUCAUCGGCGUGAUCCCCUCUGAUAUCUACCGUCUCUCUCCCCGUCUCACUACCCUCAUCCUCUCAGCCAAUAACCUCACAGGAGAUAUUCCCCGCUCCAUCGGUCGGCUCCCGGCGAUCGAAUAUCUCGCUCUCAAUAACAACCUCUUCAAUGUGUCCUUCCCAGCUGAGCUCGGCAACCUUUCAAACCUCCAAACUCUCUUGCUUGCAUAUAAUCCCUUCGUUCCGACAUCCAUCCCUUCGACAUUCCGCAAUUUGACUCAGCUGGGCUUCUUGUGGAUGGCCCAGACUAACUUGAAGGGCGAGAUCCCGGAGUUCAUCGGAGAAUUGACGCAGAUGUACCAAUUGGACCUAUCGGAGAACUCCCUCAGUGGAAGCAUACCCACCGGUAUCUGGAAUUUAAAGAAAUUGCAGUACCUAUAUUUGUUUAAAAACAAUCUCACUGGAGAUAUCAAAGUCAAUGGAUCGAUCGGUGCGUUAGAACUGGAGCAGCUAGACGUCUCCAUCAAUCAAUUGAGCGGAUCCAUCCC